AUGAGUGUUCAAAUCUUUGGAGAUCAGGUUGUGGAAGAACGUGGUGAGAAUGCCCGUAUGUCAGCUUUCGUCGGUGCGAUUGCCGUUGCUGAUCUUGUGAAAAGCACCUUGGGACCUAAAGGUAUGGAUAAAUUAUUACAAAGUGCCAGUAGUGAUCAAAGUAUUGUUACCAACGAUGGUGCCACUAUAUUGAAGUCUAUCCCUCUGGAUAAUCCUGCAGCUAAAGUACUUGUGAAUCUUUCUAAAGUGCAAGACGAUGAAAUUGGGGAUGGUACUACUAGUGUCACAGUAUUGAGUGGUGAAUUAUUAAGAGAAGCUGAAAAAUUGAUUGAACAAUCCAAAAUCCAUCCACAGACUGUUAUCGAAGGGUACCGUAUAGCGAGCCGUGCUGCAUUGAAGGCAUUGGAAGAAGUUGCUGUGGAUAACUCUAAGGAUCCUGUGAAGUUCCGGGAUGAUCUAGUAAAGAUUGCCAAGACCACUCUUUCAUCCAAGAUUUUGUCGCAAGAUAAGGAACAAUUUGCUGAAUUGGCCACUGAGGCUAUCUUGAGAUUAAAAGGUAAUACGAAUUUGGAACAUAUUCAAAUCAUCAAGAUUCUUGGUGGUAAUUUGGAAGAUUCCUUUUUGGAUGAUGGGUUUUUAUUGGCAAAGAAGUUUGGUACCAACCAACCAAAGAGAGUGGAGAAUGCCAAGAUCUUAAUUGCCAAUACUGGGCUAGAUAGUGAUAAAGUCAAGAUAUUUGGUACCAAAUUCAAGAGCAAUUCAACCAGUGGUAUAGCCCAAUUGGAAAGAGCUGAACGUGAAAGAAUGAAGGGGAAAGUGGAAAAGAUUUCCAAGUUUGGCAUCAAUACGUUUGUGAAUCGUCAAUUGAUUUACGAUUAUCCUGAGCAAUUGUUUAGUGAUAAGGGGAUCAAUUCUGUGGAACAUGCAGAUUUCGAAGGUGUAGAAAGAUUAGCCCUGGCGACAGGUGGUGAUGUUGUUUCCACAUUCGAUGACCCAGAGCAUUGCCGUUUGGGUGAAUGUGAUUUGAUAGAAGAAAUUGUUAUUGGUGAAGAAACAUUUUUAAGAUUUUCAGGUUGUAAAGUACGUGAAGCUUGUAGUAUUGUCUUACGUGGUGCUACAUUGCAAGUAUUGGAUGAAGCUGAAAGAUCUUUACACGAUGCAUUGGGGGUAUUGUCCCAAACCACACGUGAACCCCGUACUGUUCUUGGUGGUGGCUGUGCCGAAAUGGUGAUGUCACGUGCCGUCGACACUGCUGCACAAAGCACUGAUGGUAAACGUGCCAUGGCUGUGGAAGCAUUUGCACGUGCCUUACGCCAGUUACCCACCAUAUUAGCAGAUAAUGCAGGUCUUGAUAGUGGAGAGUUGGUGACUCGACUCCGUGCAGCUGCUUAUGGAGGUCUAAGUUCUGCAGGUCUUGAUUUGACCCGUGGAGAAUUGGGUGAUAUGAGAGAGUUGGGUAUUGUAGAGAGUUUUACUUUAAAGAGAGCUGUGGUUCGAGCAGCUGCAGAGGCCAGCGAGGUGUUAUUACGAGUGGAUCAUGUUGUUCGUGCCCGUCCUCGUACCGCAGGACGUGCACAAUAA